CCCCUUUUGGGCACCGACCCCCCCAGUCCUCGUACGACGGCGUGCGACGUAUGGUCGCGCCUUCUGGAGCGCUCCAUGUGCCGCGAUGACUCGGUCGCUGGUCGGGCUGGUCCCAGCAUGGUGCGAGGUGCUGCACCUGCAGAGCUCCCCGCCCCGGGAUCUGGAGGCGGCCGUGGCCAACUGGAACCUGGCGCUGGAGGACGCGGGGGCGCCGCCCUUCGCCGGCGAGCUGCGCUUCCGGCCCGAGGACCCCGGCGGGUGCCGGGCGAGGCCGCUGGAGGGAGCCUUGGCGGCUUGUUUGUGUUUGCGCCUCUCGAGCGAGCGAGCCCCUGGAGCCAGGAUGCCCCACGCCAGCUGCGGCCUGGCGGCCGCGGUGGCGGAGCGCUGAUGCAACGGGAGGUUUUGGUGGAUGCGGCCGCCGUGUGCGAGGACUUGGUCCGAACCACCCACCGCUUGGCGGAGGCUGGUGCCAGCGGCGUGGUGUUCCUGCACAGCAGCGACGGCCUCGCGGGCAUCUCCUUGGGCCACGCGGAGCCGCCGCCCAUCCGCGCCGUGGUGGUGGAGAGAGCUUCAGGCUUGGAGGCGGUGCUCGUCUCCCAGGUGGUGCGGGCCGAGCUGCGGCAGGGCAAGCUCAUCUCUGAGGAGGCGUACGAGGAGCAGUUUAUCUUCCGCGUAGACGAGUUCCACGCCACGCGCAAGGAGAACUUCUUAUGGCACCGCUACCCCGGCAUGCUGCGGAGCAGCGGCCGUGAGACGCUGAGCGCGCGGCUCAUGCGGAGCCUCUCCGCGCCCGCGGGCUGGUUCUCCCGCGCCCCGGCCUUCGUGCCUCUCUUCAAUCCCUCCGUGCUCGCCUUGCAGGACGGCUCCUUCCUGGUGGCGCUGCGCAUGUCCAACGGGCCCGGGUGCCCCAGCGUGCGGGUGUCCCGGGAGUCCAGCAUGGACACCCGCAUCUUCCGGAACGAGCUCGUGCUGGCGCACCUGGACAGCGACUUCCAGGUGAAGGCCCACGUGCUGGUGGAGAUGCCGCCGCUGAGCUGCCGCUUUGCUCCGGGCACGCAGGCCGGCCGGCAAUUCCUGGAUGAGGUGCACGGCCCGAUGGACGCCCGCAUUGCCUGGGGCGAAGAGGAGAUUUGGGUCUUCUUCUAUGCCGAGCGCAAUCGCGGAACCAGCACUGAGGUUGAGCGGGGCAUGCACGGCGCCCCGCUGCGCCUGGAGUGGGGACCAUGCCAAGUUUGGGAGCUGUACCGAACAGACAAGGUCUUUGCGCCCGAGCAGUGCGCUUGGCUAGGCUCCGGGGACAAAGACGGCCUCGGCCAGUGCCAGCGCAGCUGCGAGGCGCCGUGCAACGCGGUGAACUUCCGCGAAGGCGUCGGCUGCGAGCUGCGGCGAUGCCAAGAAGACGCAUCGCAGGUCUUUCACCUUGCCGGGUGGCAGAGCUGGCGCCAGAAAGGGCCUGCGGAGGGCUGCCUGCGGAGCGCCCGGGUGAAGGCGGAGGAGCUGCUGGCCUUCCCCGCCGAGAACGUGGAGAAGAACUGGAACUUAAUCCAGGGCCAGCGAAAUCGCCUCUUUCUGGAGUACUUCGUCGAGCCUCACGUGGUGCUCCAGGCGCACCUGCAGCGCGGAGACGGAGGCAUAGCUCUGGCCGGCCUCGAGCAAAGUUUCGUGUCCCGCUGGCCCUACGAGAUUCUCCAUGGCGUCACCAAUGUACGAGGCGGCUUCUGCUGUUUGCGCCUGCCCUUGGGCGCCGGAGCGGCCGGCAUGGCCGCCGCGGAGCCUUGGUGGGACCGCUCACAGCUGGAGUUGCCAGACCUGCCAGCAGGGGUGAUGCUGGGUGCCGGCCACCUGCAGCGCAUCCGCUCACCCUUCGACCAGGCGCCGGGGGACGUGUCGAGGUUCCGGCGGCAGGCCAAGAGUCGGACCUACCACCAGUUCUUCUACCUGCUGAGGGAUGUCGAGCCGUUUGAUGUGGUGGCCGUGUCGCCGGAAUGGUGCAUCACCAUCAACGGCCACUUCAGCCAGCACUGGGCAAAGGUCCUGGCCCCUGGAGAGGAGGCCUGCGAGUCCAUCCAGUUCGUGGCCGGCCUCGCUCUGCGGAACUGGGAGGUGGUUGUCAGCUACGGCAUCAACGACUGCGAGUCGGACUUGCUGACACUUCCCCUGUCUGAGGUGCUGGCGAUGCUGCGGCCGGUGGUGUCAGACGUGAACGUCUCGCUGGAUGACCUGGAGAUGAUCUGAGCGG